CUGAUAACACUAGCUGUGAUGAAAUCGCUAUUGUCAACCAGUAUCCUAACCCGGGCGGUGUAGAUAACCUACUGUAUCUACCCGGCUAAACCAAGAAUAUAUAUAUAGGACAAAUGGAGAUACUUGGCUUUAAUGUCCCACUAUGGCUGGUGCUGAUCUUAGCCGUGCUGGCUCUGUAUACAUAUAUGAUGAGUCGUCACCAUGGUACCUUUAAGAAACUCAACAUCCCAGGACCCGCACCAUGGCCGAUCAUUGGCAGUCUCGUGGAACUCAAUAAAAAGAUACUAUGGUGGGAUGUCACCACAAACACUCAUCGUUGGAGACAAGGAGAUGCUCAGAAAAAUUCUUGUGAAAGAAUUUGCAAACUUUCCCGAUAAAAUAACAUUAAAAGGCAUUAAUGGGGACUUGGAAACAUCCGUCAUCAACUUAAGAGGCGAUCACUGGAGACAUGUGCGUAACAAGAUAACUCCUGCAUUUUCCGUCGGGAAGCUACGAAAGAUGGUCCCGUUGGUUGACCUGGCCAGUGACACACUUGUGGAAUCACUGAGGAGGAAGGUGAAGGACGGAGAUGGAGUGACGGACAUGUUAGAAGUUUGUGGAGCCUACUCCAUGGACGUGAUAUGUUCGACAGCCUUUGGUAUUCAAGUUGAUUCACAGAAUAAUCCAAACGACGAAUUCAUUGUCCACGCAAAGAAAUUUUUGAUUCUGGAUUUUUACUCUCCAAUCUUCUUGAUUUUGAUGUUUUUGCCAGCACUCUGCUGGCUAAUGCCUCACAUUGGAUGGUCAAUCAUUGAUAAUGACGUCCAAUUGUUUUUCCGCCAAGUCACAACCAAACUUCUUAAGGAACGUGUCGCAGGGGACAAGAAACAUGCAGAUUUCCUUCAGUUGAUGAAAAAUGUACAGCAAAACCAUGAAGAUUCGGACGAAGACGAUGAUAGAGACAACGACGAUGAAAAUGUUUCAAGAAGUAAACCACCCACCUCCUGGUCUAGGAAAGGUAUCACCUUUGAUGAAAUUCUUGGAAAUGCAGAAAUAUUCUUCUUUGCUGGUUAUGAGACCACGAAGACAGCUUUAUGUAUGACAUGCUAUUAUCUCGCCUUGUAUCCAGAGUAUCAGGACAAACUACGCCAGGAAUUAUCGGACGUGAUCGGAUCGAAUCCAAUGACAUACGAGAACCUUCGCCAGGUAAAAUACCUAGAAAUGAUAACCAACGAAUCAAUGCGAAUUAACCCUCCUUUCGGACGGACGACUAGAGUGUGCGUGAGAGAUACCGAGAUCAAUGGUGUGAAGAUUCCGGCAGGCAUGCAAAUCAGUAUUCCAAUAUACAACAUCCACCUUGAUCCCGACAACUGGGAAGAUCCGGAAAAAUUCAUCCCUGAAAGAUUUGCUGACAUGGACACUAUUGAUCCAAUGACCUUUCUCCCGUUCGGAUACGGUCCCAGAAACUGUAUUGGAAUGAGACUUGCCGAAAUGGAGUUGAAAAUGGCACUUGCAAAAGUCGUCCGUAGUUUCCAAAUUUCCGUUUGUGGUGAAACAGAGAUUCCUCUAGACUUGAAGAAACUCGGAAUGAUGACGCCGACAUCUUCUACACUCAAAAUGUUGGAGAUCAAAUCAUAA